AUGCUGGAUCGUUGGGUCAUCCUGCCACCUCUCUUGGCUUUGGCCUAUUUUAUUCUCAGUAGAUGCCACUGGCGGUAUCAGCUAUACCAUUUCUCCAAGCUGAAUGACUGCCAAGAUGCGCCUCAUGAGGGAUCAUGGUUGGAUUGUCACACCGGUGUCUUCAAAGCCAUCACUCUCGGGCGGAAUUUCCGAAGGAAGACGUCACUUGACUACACCAACCAGCUCUUUGAAAAGUACGGCAACACAUAUUCUACCAAAAUUCUCGGUCAGAAUGUGCUCUUUACCUGCGACCAUGCCAACAUCGACCAUAUCCUCUCUGCCGCCUUUGCCGACUACGAUAGCUCCUCCACGAGAGCGCAUCUUUUCGAAGCGCCCGCCCCUCGAGGAAUCUUUGCAGUUGAUGGACAGCGAUGGAAGGACACUAGAAAGCUUUAUCGCAAGCAGUUCUCCAACAACCGGUUGAUAUGUGAUUUCGACGACCUUGAGCGGCAUGUACAGAAUUUCAUCAAAAAGGUACCGGACAAUGGCCAGCCAUUCGACAUUCAUGCUCUCUUCUACAACUUAGGUCUCGAUACUACUUUCGCCUUCACCGUCGGCAAGCCUGUGAAUGCGUUGAGUUCUGAUCAGACACCGGAAGAGAAGCAGAUUAUGGAAGACUUAGAAUGCGUCAAGGAAACAAUUACGCGAGAUGCAUUCAUUGGCCCUCUGCGGCACUUCUAUGACAGAGGUGCUUUUCUGAGGGCUUCCCAACGUCUCCGCAAUUUUAGUGAAGCGUCUGCCAUCCAGGCAGUCUACGACGCACAGAAGGAGCGCAAUUCAGACCUUAAGCUAUCUAGUGGUCAACAGCAACCAUAUACGUUCGUGCGAGGCCUGAGCAAAGAAAUUGACGAUGUUCCAUUAAUAGUCGACCAGUCGGUGAGUGCCCUGCUUGCCGGCGUAGACACUAUAGCAGGCCUGCUUUCGACAACUUUCUUUCUAUUGGCACGGAACGCUCGAGUAAUGCAGAAAUUGCGCGCCAGCAUAAUAGACAAUGUCGGGCACGAGCGCCCAACGUACGACCAACUCAAGCAAUUGACAUAUAUGCAGCAGGUUUUUAAUGAAGUGCUGAGACUCUUUCCUCCUAUUCCGUUCAACCACAGGACUGCUAACAAGAAUACCUUCUUACCCCGUGGGGGAGGGCUGGACGGCAGCUCCAAAAUCUUUGUGGAGAAAGGUGUUCAAGUUGUUUUCUCGACAUGGGCCAGUCAUCGCAUGAGCGACGCCUUUGGGGAAGAUUGCGAUGCAUUUGCCCCGGAGCGAUGGGAAAAGCUGCGGGCACAUCCACUCGGCUUCGCGCCCUUCAGCCGCGGUCCAAGAGUCUGCCCUGGUCGUGAGUACUAUCUAUCAUCUAUCUAUCUCGUCCUUGCGUCGGCACGGACUUCAUUCUCAAAGGGGGUUUUCGCCAACUAA